CAUCUUGAUGAUUGUUACUCGCUUGCAAGAGUGCUACUGUAUAUUUGGGCACCCGGCAGUGGCGGCUUGAAUGACUGAUUUAAUCGCGGGUGUGGCGCCAGGCCUCCACUCAGCUGAUUACCAUUGGGCCAACCGUUGGUGGAACGCAUUAGCUAGACGUUGGGCCAGUUGUUGGUGGAGCGAUUUGGUUCAACAUUGGCCCAACGUUUGUGUGUCAAGGGCUAUCAAUGGCGUACAGUCGACUCGCAGCGGCCGCCGGCUGUAGAUACGCUUCGUAUUUCAGACUUCAGUCUUAAUACAUAAUAGUCUUCAGUCUUCAGUCACCAGAUCAGUGUACGCGUAAACGUCGUCGAAGCAGCACGUGUUUGUUUCGCUCGUGUUCUGAAGUUUAUGUUGAUUUGUUGUGCGACUUUGUGCCACUUGAAACCAUAAGCAGCGGAGCGAGCGUCGCAGCAUGUCAGCCGCGGUAGAGAACAUCCCCUCGGUGGAGGUGCUGGCCAACGGCCACGCGUACCACAACGGCGCCAACGGCGUCGGCAACGGCGUCGGCGGUGACGUCAGCAACGGCGUCGGCAGCGUCGGCAGCGCGCGGGCGUGGGAGCAGCAGUUCCUGCCGCCGCCGCUGGUGCUGGAGGACAGGCCGCGCGCGCUCAAGAUUGAGAGUCGGCUGUCGAGUCUCGUGUUGUGUGGCGCCACCUUGCGGCGCGUGGGCGAGGUGUUCCAGCGCGAGAUCGAGAGCGGGCUGCGGGAGCGCCCCUCCAGCCUGCAGAUGGAGAACACGUACGUGCCCGAGCUGCCCGACGGCACAGAGGAAGGCGUGUUCCUGGCGCUGGACCUGGGCGGCACCAACUUCCGCGUGCUGCUGCUGGAGCUGCGGGCCGGCCAGCUGGUGCGCGAGGACGUCAAGCACUACCACAUCAGUGACGAAUUGAGACUGGGCUCCGGCGCCGAUCUGUUCAACUUCCUGGCAGACUGCGUGCAGGACUUCGUGCGCGCUGAGGGCUUGGAGCACGAGGAGAUGUCCCUGGGGUUCACUUUCUCGUUCCCGAUGAAGCAGCACUCGAUUUCGUCGGGCGAGCUGAUCACGUGGACCAAGAGCUUCAAGUGCAGCGGCAUGGCGGGCGUGGACGUGGCGGCGCUGCUGCAGCGCUGCCUGCGCGAGCGCGGCCUGCGCGUCACCGUGCAGGUGCUGCUCAACGACACCACCGGCACGCUGGUCGCCGGCGCGCACAAGGACCCCGAAGUCGCGAUCGGCGUGAUCCUGGGCACGGGCUCCAACGGCUGCUACAUGGAGCGCGCCGAGCGCGUGCAGCACUGGGAGGCGCGCCACGCGCGGGUGCGCGACGUGGUGGUGGACAUCGAGUGGGGCGCCUUCGGGGACAACGGCUGCCUCGCCUUCCUGCGCUCCGCCUUCGACUCGGAGGUGGACGACCACUCGCUGCUGCCGGCGUCCUUCACGUUCGAGAAGUACAUCGGCGGCAAGUACCUGGGCGAGCUGCUGUGCGCGGCGCUGCGCGGGCUGGCGCGCGACGCGCUGUUCCCCGCGCCGCCCGCCUGGGGCGCGCUCGACUCCGCGCACCUCAGCCUGUUCGAGCAAGAGAACUUGUCGGGCGCGUGGUCGCAGACGUCGGACGCGCUGCGGACGGCGUGCGGCGCGCCGGUGUCGCGCGACGACGCGUUAGUCGCGCAGCACGUCGCGCGCAUCCUGUCCAACCGCGCCGCGCAACUCGUCUCCGUCUGUAUAGCCACGAUCCUGCGGCGCAUGGGGCGCGCGCACGCGGCGGUCGCGGUGGACGGCUCGGUGUUCAAGAAGCACCCGCGCAUCCGCUCGCUCAUGGACAAGUACAUCGCGCUGCUCGCCCCGCACCACCGGUUUACUCUUCAGGGGGCAGAGGACGGCAGCGGCAAAGGCAGUGCGCUCACAGCCGCCAUAGCCGCGCGCGUCGCGGCGCGGUCCCCCUAAGGACGUUGCGAUUGUCGCCAUAAGACGUGCCGCGACUGUCGCAACUCACCGGUCAGCGUGUCAUCGCCGGUGACUCAUCAGUGAAUCAAAAAUUGUCCAUAUAAGUUUCACCGACCACCGUAGUAGGUAGAUACGUGAAUCAAGAAUGUAUUUGGAGAUCUUGGUAGGCAGGUCUGGAAUCCCUACAAUCAAUUGAUUGGCGCUGAGCUUUAAAAUUAACUGUAAAAGUAUAAAGCAAAAUAAAUAAUCCUAUUAGUCCUGUAUAGCAAUUAUAUACGAAAUGCUGCUAUCACAGUUCUUUUAAUGUAGUAGGUAAGGUAGGAGUAUUUCCUAUAAAUUUGGGGUUACAAUCGCUACCGAAAUUUAAUUAAAAAAAAUGUUCAACGAACUGUGUUCGGAAAUUAAUAUUUUUGGGGUAAAUAUUAUUUCUUUUGUAAAUAGAUCUUAAAAUUUGUCCCCUAAACGCAUCCUUAUAAUUAUGAAGUAGCCAAGUUUUACAUAUUAGAAAUUACAAUUCAGAAUGUAAAUAUAUUUAUAGGCGAGUGUUAGAUGGAUAGUCGGAAUUAUUUGAACUACUUUGUAUAAAAACAUGAAAAGGUUUUAUUUUUUAAUUAAAAAAGUAUUGGCUAUGCAGUUCGGCUCCUAUAAGAGGACUCGUCAACACCUUGAAGUUAUGGGAAAUACUCCCAAGCAACCUGUAUACUAAAUAAAAAAAAAUUUAGAUCAUGACGUAAUGUUCAAGACUCGCUGGCACGGGUUAUAUUGUUCUUAAAGUUUAAGAAACAUUUUGUUGUUAGAAACUUUGCGGUUAGCAUUCCAGGUUUGUUGUUAAAGUUAAUUUUAUUGUUGUAUUUAUUUUUCUUAAAAUGCACACAACUGAAAAGUUGGAGGUGCAUGCCCGGGACCGGAUUCGAACCCACACCCUCCGGAAUCGGAGGCAGAGGUCAUAUCCACUAGGCUAUCACUGCUCCAUGCAUGCACCUCCAACUUUUCAGUUGUGUGCAUUUUAAGAAAUUAAAUAUCACGUGUCUCAAUCGGUGAAGGAAAACAUCGUGAGGAAACCUGCAUACCAGAGAAUUAUCUUCAUUCUCUGCGUGUGUGAAGUCUGCCAAUCCGCAUUGGGCCAGCGUGGUGGACUAUUGGCCUAACCCCUCUCAUUCUGAGAGGAGACUCGAGCUCAGCAGUGAGCCGAAUAUGGGUUGAUGACGACGAUUUAUUUUUAUGAUAUUCUGUAAAAAGCAUUUGUUAGAAAAUGUGGUUUUGACAUUUUUGCAUUUUUAUAUUAUGAACAUCCACAAUAUAUUUUAUACUACUUAUUUAGUUUUAUAUAUAGGUGGAUACAUUACAUUCAUAAAUAUUAUUAAUAGUACAGCCACUAAUUACAGUUCGUGUAUUGGACAAUCGUGAGAUAUGAGUAUAAAGCAAUUAAUUUAUUUUUGAAAUAUAAUUAAAUUUAAAAGACGGGAUUCACGUUCGUAACUGUAAUACAUGUGGUGUUUUUGUCAUUUUCAGUUCGUAGAUCAUAUCGUGUCAAUGCAGAUGCAAUCUGUCUGCAAAUAUUAAGGCUGUUCGUGUAAAUGACUGAAAGCGUGUAUUAAUUAUGAUUAGAGAUUAGCUAAAUGUAGAUAUGUAGAUAUAAAUCGUAGAUAGGUAUGUAGGUGUAUGAGUGGACUAGUAGUGACAUUCUCAAUCUUCAUCGCAAUGAACAAAACUGAGUCGGAGAGUAACUCAAUAUCGCGUUAUUUUUAAUUUGUUGCUCACUGAAGCAACUGGGGAAAAUAAUGAGUACGACUUUGACAAUCCUGAAGUUACCGAUUUCCCCGCUGUUCUUUUGAGUAACGUAACCCUAACUUUAUUUUGAAGACGCCCUAUGUCCAAGCAAAACAUAUUCCACUCAUAAUGAAUAAGAUGAAUUGUAAUACUUCUGAAUCAAAACAUUUGCAUGGCAUAAGAAACAAAAUGCUAUGUCGGAUCGGAAUCUUUACAACCUAUUAUUUAAAAAAUAUUUGUUUUAAAUUACCUUCUAAAAAUUUCACAUUUGUCUCAAACUCAAGUCCGCAGCAUACUUUGACGAACAUAAAAAAAUAUUACAAAUAUUUACUGACAGAUUCUAUAAGUAUACAACAACUCGUCUACAACUGCAGAUGAUAGCUCAUCUGAUAUACUAUAGUGGUAGUAAACAUAGGGCUAUUUUUGAAAAAUUCUAGCGAGAGUUGCAAAGUCUUGUUGCACAAAAUAUUUCAGUUUAUCGGCUAUUACAAGGGUUCUCUGUAAAGUACCUAUAGUAGGUAGUGAUAGGUAGCCCACAGGCCACAUGUCAGACAAUUGCUACCUUGGUACAGAGUGUAAAGGCCUCGUCAAAGUGAUGCGUCGCGACACGACACGUCAGACAAAAAUAAUUGCGCCGUUUCACCAGCGAUUGCGUAAAAGUAUACUUGCAUCUGAAUUAUAUUGAAUUGGUGCCACCAACUCACAAAUUGUGUUUCUUUUCAACUAGAUAGCUCAGUUUAAACAUUUAUAUUUUUACUGAAAGACAACUAACGCCAUCUAGUUACAAAAAUAGACAACGUUAUCCGCGAUUAGAUGGCGCUGUUUCAAUUGCAUACAAAUAAAGUUUACUUUUACGCGAUCGAAAAAGUGCAAGUUCACUCAUUUUUACCUGUGCUUGUACAUAGGUAGAUAGUUAGUUAGUAGGAAAACAUUAUUAUUCGUGCCAUACUCAGUAGCUGUAGAGAGGUAUGCGCCUAGCGUAUGAUAUAUUGACGACGUUUCAGACGUUUUGUCUACUAGCACGAGAUUUAGGUUCAUGGAUUUUUUUGUCAAAGGCCAUUAGGAAUAUAUAGCGACAACCUAUUGCGUUAAUUUAUAAAUUAACUGUUUAUAAAAUUAAUUCAUCAAAAACUUGAUAAUUGAACACCAUCUUAGAAUAUACGAUUUAUUUCGGUGUGGAAUUUUAUUGGAAAUUGUGAUCACUAUAUGUGUAGUAUAGUAUAUGUGAUACUAUAUCAGCCGUUAUCUUGCUAUCUUCAUUCGGCUUUGAUAUAUCGGGCGACUGCUAGCGUAGGCAAUUUGCGUUUGCACAGAUAUGUAGAUAACCACGAAGUGGCCUUGAAUCGUCAAUAAGUAUUUAAAAAAAAUACCGUGUUAGACAUUCGGAUACUGAACUAUUAGCACAGUAAACAUUAUAAUAAUACUGUUUACUGUGCUAAUAGUGUCGGAAGUGCCAGGCGUGUCGUCGCACUUAAAAUAAUAGCUGAAUAGUUCUAUCAUAGACGCAUGAGCUCAUGUGAGAGCGUCUAAGGCUGCUUGUCCACCGGACUAAUGCGGAGUUGUAUACUGUGUCUGUCCACCGGAGCGAGGCUGCGGAGCGAAGUGAGAAAGUAAUGCGGAGUGGAGUUGCAGACGUGAUUCCCUGCUCCGUUUCCCCGCUGCACUUAGCGGUUUUGUAUGAUUUUUUAAACUAGCUCGCAAGUCCUAAUUAUAGACCGAUGUCAAGUUAGUGCAAUACUAUUGGUAAAUAUUUCUUCGUUUCUCGGCUCUGCUGCCUGGCUCCGCUUUGGUGGACUGCAGCCUUAAUGAGAAAAUAGUUAAGAUAAACUGUUGCGAGGUCUCCUCAGAUCUUCUCAGCGGGCCUCCAUACCUCAUGGACGCGUGGAGUCUUAUCUCACUCAGCUCCCUUCGGUUCUAAAUCCGUAGAUCUUUGUGUCUCACACAAGAUCUUCUUAUAGAGACGUUUCGUCUCCCAAUUUUUCUUUGCUCCGAUUUUUCUGCCCGAGUGUCUGCGCUAACCUAAAUUAUCCCAGUGACUCAACCAGUAAGAAGUUUAUAGCAAAUAUACAAUGAGAAAAUAAGGGUUUUCUACACUAUCUAUCUUCGUGUUAGUCGGCAAACGUAUGAAUCUAUAGGAUAUAGGAACUAUUUUAAUUAUUAUUAUUUAUCAACUCAUGUAAUUUUAUGAAAAUGUUAUAUUAAUUAGCAUAAGUAACAAAUAAAAAGACUUGGACGGCAACUUUUAUAUAUUUAAAUAAAAUAUUUUUAUUAUCAAGAGCCACGUGCUGGGUAACUUUUUGAAAUACAGAAUAUUUUAUUGUUUCCAUAUAAUAUUAGAAAUAUAGACUUAUUCAUAAGAUCUAAAUGUUAUUGUUGAAUUUAUGGAUUAAUUAUGUGUUAUUGAUAUUUAAUUGAAGGUAAGAAUUGUUUGCAAGACAAUUAAUUUGUGGCCUUGUGGUCUGUGGACUUGUGAAGUCCCGAGUUCGAUGUCCAGCCCAGCCCCUGUAGCCAAGUGCUCUGAACUGCCGUCCAAGGGUGAAUGUAUCUCCAGCUUGAUAUCAAGUUCAUUUUGACAGUUAAAAAACUCGAGAAUUUACAUAGGUACUCAUUAUAGAAAUAAGAAGUAAUUAGGAACAUUAAAAGUUAAUUUAUUAUAAUAAAUUUAUUUAUUUACAAAAAUAAAAUAAAAAUAUCGUCUUAUAUUGAAACGUUAGGUACAUCACAAUUUAUGCUACACAAUGAAGGUACAAAGUACAUUUAUAAGUAAAACAUAAUAAUUAUAUUACAAUUGUUAAAGAUUGGAAAAAUAGAUAAAAAAAUUAUUUUCUUAAUUUAAAAUUUUACAAAUUGUAAAUUGUUUUUAAUAAUUAUAAGUUAUAUUUACUCUAUUGUUUUAUAAUUUUAGAAAUAGUUGUCAAAUAAAUGAGUUUUUUUU